AUGUCUAAUAACACGAGUUCGUGUCUUUCCAAGUCUAACUACGAUGGCGAGAUAUGUCAUCUUGAUUUUUUCUUUAGAGUAGUUUUGAUGGCUGCCAUUGUCAUCAUCAGUGUUAUGUCACCCGUGGCUGUGGUUGGAAAUGGUCUGGUCUUUGCAGCGAUUUGGAAAAACCCAUCGCUUCGUAGAGCACCGUCUUACGUUCUACUCGCUGCACUGGCUUUCACUGACUUUUGCACCGGAUUCAUCACAGAACCGUUUCAUGUCACAAAUCUGUUAUUGAUAUUGAAGGAUCCCUCAGUGAUCAUCAAAAACAAAUCUGAUUACUCAAUAAAUUGGAGCUGGCCAACGUACUUUUUGAUAACAAAAGUUAUCGGCGAAGGAUUCUUGGAGUACCUCUUCGCCCUAACUAUUCUUCUCGUAACAGUAAUGGCAAUCGAACGCUGGCUGCAGAUGAGUCGUCAGUCUUUAAUGACCGUACGUCGAGCUUGUACAACUGUUGCUGUGUUAUCGCUCUUGCCAAUGUCGGUGGUUCUUUGCUAUUUUCAGUUGAAAAUAAGGAUUGCUUAUUUUAUUUCGUAUUUUUCAUUCAUUCAGCUUUGUUUGUUCGUCACUUCAGUAGCUUAUUUUAAAGUUUUCAAGAUAAUUCGUCGCCAUCAACACCAAAUCAGUUUGCAACAGAACUUUGCUCAACCAGCAAUUGACUUUCUGAAGUACAGGAGAUCAGUUUUUUCCAUUUUAUUGAUCUUGCUUAUGUUUUAUUUCAGUUAUUUGCCCAUGGCUAUUCUCUUGAUGAUUAUUUCAAUCCAUUCUGAAAAAGAACCCAGCAUGACUAUAUAUGCAGUUCUUGAGGUAACAGUUGUGCUCGCAUUUUUGUCUUCCUCUCUUAAUCCGCUACUUUACAUGUGGAGAAUAGCAGAUAUACGAAGAGAAGUUCGACAAAUAAUCAAAAGAAUUUUCUGCAAAGAAAGCUGA